AUGACCAACUACGGCGCGAUUCCGACGUCGUCUCAUGCGUCGCCGGGAGUGGAUCUCGAGUCUAUCUCACGCGCCAAGGAACGUAUCAAAGCUGGUCUCGCCACGCGCCGGCCAUGGAGAGUGAUGUUCGAUUUCCACUCCAUGGGGAUACCUCGCGGCGUCUCCGAUGCUUUCUCGAGAAUCAAGAUGAAUCUUGGCUACUUCCGGAUGAAUUACGCCAUCGUCGCUUUGAUCGUGAUCUUCUUCAGCCUUAUCAACCACCCGACGUCGCUCAUCGUCUUCACCGUGUUGGUUUUCAUAUGGAUCUUCCUCUAUUUCCUCCGUGACGAGCCUAUUAAGUUGUUCCGCUAUCAGAUCGACGAUAAGACGGUCUUGGUUUGUUUAUCGGUGAUAACCCUCGUUCUGCUAUUUUUGACCAACGCGACGUUCAACAUCGUUGGGGCGCUUCUGACCGGAGCUGUGCUGGUUCUGAUCCAUGCGGUGGUUAGGAAGACGGAGGAUCUUUUCUUGGAUGAAGAGGCGGCGACGGCUGAGACUUCAGGGAUGACGUCGUACCCGUCGUCUUAA